AUGGCGGAGGGACCUCAGUCGAUAUGGCAGAAGAUAGACCACGCGGUGAUCCCAGUGGUGAAUCUCGAGGUCCGGGAGGUCCGCGAGGUAUUAUGGGAGAAAAUACAAGAGCCUACUGCCCAAAGAAAGAUUAUCCUGGUGAUAGUCUCCAUCGCGUUGCUCCUAGACAACAUGUUGUACAUGGUCAUCGUACCUAUAAUUCCUGAUUAUUUGAGAUAUAUAGGUGCUUGGGGUGAGGCGGGUUAUGACCACGUCGUCACGCUAGCACCUUAUAAAGAAGGUAACAAAACCAUCACACCUACCAAAAUAAUACCGGCUUCGCACGAGGGCCAAGAAUCUGCGACCGGUGUCCUUUUCGCCUCUAAAGCCAUCGUGCAAUUGAUGAUUAACCCAUUCUCCGGUGCCUUAAUCGACCGUAUUGGAUAUGACAUACCCAUGAUGAUCGGACUUAUCAUUAUGUUUCUUUCCACUUCGAUAUUUGCCUGCGGCAGAAGUUACGGGAUGCUUUUCUUCGCAAGAAGUCUUCAAGGUGUCGGAUCAGCCUUCGCUGACACAUCUGGCUUGGCCAUGAUCGCUGAUCGAUUUACAGAAGAGAGUGAACGAUCGAAAGCCCUAGGAAUAGCUCUCGCGUUUAUAAGUUUUGGAUGUCUGGUGGCUCCACCCUUUGGCGGGGCAUUAUAUCAAUUUGCUGGCAAGGAAGUUCCAUUUUUAAUUCUUGCUCUGAUAUCCCUGCUCGACGGAUUUAUGUUACUACUUGUAAUGAAGCCUCUAAAAACACAAAUCAAAGAAGCUAACGAGCCAAAAGUUGCCGGCACACCAAUCUGGAAACUCCUGAUGGAUCCUUACAUUGCCGUCUGCGCCGGAGCCUUGAUGAUGUCGAACGUGGCGUUAGCGUUCCUUGAACCAACAAUUUCGUUAUGGAUGGAAGACAAUUUGACUAAAGAUAAUUGGAAGAUUGGUAUGAUAUGGCUACCAGCUUUCUUCCCUCACGUGCUUGGUGUGAUCAUCACAGUGAAGAUGGCUAGAAAAUAUCCCCAGCAGCAAUGGCUGAUGGCAGCCGGCGGCUUAGCUCUGGAGGGGCUGUGUUGCUUUAUUAUACCAUUCGCAAAUUCAUACAAAAUGCUAAUGAUACCAAUUUGCGGCAUCUGCUUCGGUAUUGCUCUGAUUGACACGGCUCUUCUUCCCACGUUGGGUUAUCUGGUCGAUGUGCGGUAUGUUUCUGUGUAUGGAAGCAUUUACGCCAUCGCUGACAUAUCAUAUUCAUUUGCCUAUGCUGUAGGUCCAAUCAUUGCGGGAGAAGUGGUUGAGGCAAUCGGAUUUACUGCCUUGAACCUCUUCAUAGCUUUCAGCAACCUUCUAUACGCUCCCGUAUUAGUGUAUCUCAGGCAUAUUUAUGAUUUUAAGCCAUUCGAAAACGAGGCAAAUAUACUCAUGGCUGAUCCACCAGAUAAGGAGUAUCAGACCUACAGCAUGCAAGACCAACGGCCUGUGAAUGGAGAUUACAAGAACCAUUUGGAAUACUCCAAUGUUGCUGGACAAGUAGCGUCAGGAACGCAGGAGUCCAAUGUUGAUGCCGGUUAUUCGUACGAUCAGUCUUAUCAAGGAGGGUAUCAGAAUUAUGGUCAAGGGUAUGAUCAGCAACAACAGCAGGGAUAUCAGCAGGAGUAUCAGCAGCAAGAACAGGGGUACAGUCAGGCUCGUCAGCUGCCAGCACAGCCCCAGCCCACGGCCAGCAAUCCUUUCCGGGCCCCUCAGCAGGCGGCUCCCGCCCCGGCUGCGCCGGCCCCUGGGCCCGUCAAGAACCCCUUCCGGCAAGGCUUCUAG